AUGGCGGACCGCAACCUCCAACAGGUCCUCACCCAGCUCAAGACCAAGGGCUCCUCCCUCCCCUACGCCGAGUCCUCCGCCCUCCUUUCCAAAGCCAAGCUCCACCUCCUCCAGCUCAACGCCCUCACCCCCUCGAACCCAAAGACGUCGCCCCAGCUCCUCGGCCUCGCCCGCGAGACAUACGAGCUGGGCGCCCUCGCCUCCAUCCGCGCAAAGAACCCGGACGCCUUCACCCGCUACGUCCAGCAGCUCCAGCCCUUUUACGAGCUUCCCUCCAAUGUCCUGGCCCCCAACCUGCCCGAGCGGAACAAGGUCACCGGCCUCUACCUGCUCCUGCUCCUGACCCAAGGUCGCUACGCCGAGUUCCACUCCGAGCUCGAGAGCCUCGCAAACCGCGAGGGCGGCGGCGAUAGCAGCGCCGUGGAGAGCGACAAGUACCUGGGCUACCCGAUUCGUCUGGAGAGGUGGUUGAUGGAGGGAAGCUACGACCGCGUGUGGAACGCUCUGAAAAGCCGUGAGGUACCCAGCGAGGAGUACGGUGUGUUCUCAGAGAUUCUUACUUAUCAAAUCCGCUCCGAAAUCGCCUCAAGCAGCGAGCGCGCAUACCCCAGCCUGCCCAUCAGCUCCGCAAAGUCGCUCCUCUUCCUUGACUCCGAGGGCGAUGUCAUUUCUUUCGCUCAGCAGCGGGGCUGGAUCUUGAAGGAAGGCCACAUUUUCUUCCCCGACACUGCUGAGGGCGUUGCCGCAGAGGACGGCACCACCGAGAAGGAAAUGAGCCAGAUGGUGAUAGAGAACGCGCUGGGAUAUGCCAGGGAAUUGGAGACCAUUGUGUAA